GCAAGGGCCACUAACGGAGGUAGCCUAUUAGGUUUUAGGGCUUCUUCUACGGCCCACCGGCCGUCAAUACACGAGCAAAAUAGGGUCUGAUACUGUGAUCAAUGGGAGAGUUACCUCGCUGACUCGCUCUGCCAGACUCACUAACAUGAAUGAAUAUCCGCAGCAGUGAAGAAUUUUGCGAUCUUUCGUAUUGAGAAGCACAAGACUCAGCGAUUGAAUGUCUUGUCGAGGAUAUCGUGAAUUUUGAGUCAUAGAGUUCCUGAGGGAAGUAUAUUUGGGAGUUUCCUGGCUAUUUAGGUGACGUUGUUUGUCUGGUGGAGAGAAUGGAUGCACAGGCGAAGAAGGCCUUGUUUCGAGCGAAAUUGAAGGCGCAGAAGAAGGAGAAGCGCAUUGACUCUCCUCUUGUUAGGUACAACGAAUUUGAUCAGCCAAUAUGUCGGGUUUGUGACCUUGUUUUGAAAUCUGAAUCUCAGUGGGAUGCACAUCAAGCUUCUCGCAAACAUCAUGAGGCAAUAAGCAAUAUGAAAGCCAAUGCUGCUAGACUGAAGCAGGUUGACAAUGCGAAAACUGUGCCUGGUGGGGAGUUGUCUAAAUCUAAACCUGUGCAUACUGCAGAAUCACAUCUUUCGAAAUCUGAGCCCUCAAAAAAUUCUCCUAGGCCUCAGUCCUCAUCGAGGCUUCCUCCAGAUUUCUUUGACAAUAACGUGACAAAGAAACAAAAAACUGGUUUGGACUCUGUCAAUGCGUUGGAAUCAGAUAUGCAUCUAAAGUCAUCUUCUAACACCAGGAUGGAUGCAAUGCCUAGUAGUAAUGGUUUGCCAAUGAAAAGUAUUCAGCACGCCAAUGAGCUUGCAGAGCCAGAGACAUCUGCAUUGGUUGAUGGUUCAGAAAGCAAGGAUGUAAAGAGAGCUCUUCCUGAAGGCUUCUUUGAUAACAAAGAAGCUGAUUUGCGAGCUCGUGGCAUUAAACCUGUGAAGGUGGAUGUCAAAGAUGAAUACAGUGAAUUUGAAAAGUUAAUCCAAGAGGACUUGAAGGAGAUUGACAACCGUUUGGAAGAGGAGGAGGUUGAUGCCGCUGAAACGAUAGAAGAGGCUGAAACUUUCGAACAAAAGACAAAUAGAGACAAAGUUGAAAUGUUGAAAAAGAAGAAAAUGGAAUGGAUGGCUGCUAGGUCUGCUAAACGGAGCAGAGGUGUGGAGGCAGCUGGCAAGGAGUCUAGCCGCAAAGACUUGUCAAGUGAUGAUGAGACUGAUGAAAACUUUGCGGUUGACUGGAGAGCCCAGCACCUUUGAUUUCAUUCGUAGAUUUGAUGGCUGAAGGAAUUGAUUGAACCGAAGGUCACAGUUAGCACUGCUAAGAUCAAAAUACAUCUACUGAGCUCAUUUGCCUCGCAGUGACACGUUGUUUUGUUUAGCAAUCCUGUCACUGGCUUAAGCACCCACACUUGGUUCCAAUUUUCUUGUAGAUAUAUAGGAUAUCUAACUGAGUAGAUAAUUUUCUGAAGAGGUUUGUGUGCGACUUGAUUAAAGAUUUGUUGGCAAACAAGUUCAGUUUAUAUUUUCAUCAGGAAUUUCAUUUACUUUGGAGUUGAGGCAUUCCAAAAGCUGCCAGGCUAGACUGCUGCUUUCUUGGGGAUGGAGGCUUUGUAGCAUAGAAAAACUAGUUUAGUUUAGUAUUUUUGUUAAGUCUACAAAUGGAUUGCAGCGUUAAGAGAUAUGCUUUGAUGUUUAUCUCUAUAGUGCGAUAUCUGAGUCAUUGCUUUGUAACCUUCAGUUCCCUGCUUUUUACUUGUGAAAUCUGUCAAUGACCUACCUUUUAACA